AUGGCUGCAAAACUUGGCCCGGCUCACCUGCUACCGGGUGAGGUAACCCUCCUUGAUUAUGCUGCAGAUGAUUCUCGCGAUAUUGCGCCGCUCUCCGACCAAGAAGCUCUAGCCCUGCAGCUUGCCAACCAGAUCCAGGAACAGCGGCUAGAGAAGGCGUUGCUGGAGCAAGAGCUCGAGUCACUGUCCGGUGAUAAUGCGGAAGAACAGCUCGCUAUCGCUGAACGCGAGUUCUUAGACGCGCGAUCUACCUACACCGUCAGGAGGAAGGCCGCUCGUAUCAUCCUCAUGACUGAUCCCAUCCUUAAAGCCGUUCAUCUGAAAACUACUAGCCCUCCCGAACGGGCCUUACUCCGCCUUGUCAACCGUCGCGACGUGCUUGCGCUUGCACAUGAGAACCUCGCAUCUGCACACGACUCAAUAUCAAGACAGCUGUCGGACUUUGAAGUGGAGAAUUUACAAAUCAACAAAGAGAACCAGGAGCUAGUGCGCGAGCUCCUUGAGCUCACGCGUCAGGAUGACUCCUGGCGGGAGAGAUUGCAAGACGCAACUCUUGCAUCACAGCUGGAUGAACUUGAAGCCGAACUCAAGAAGCGCAAGGCACAGUGGGAGAUUAUGAAGAGCGUUGCCAGUGCUAUGGUGGUUGGCAGCGGGCUCAACUGGGCUGUAGAUGAGAAGCUUCAAGCUCUGGUUCUUGACGAAAGUGAUGACUGA